UUUGUCGGCAUCAGUCUUGACGAAAGAGAAACGCUGCAGAAGAUGUUUUCUCCCAUAAUCCGAUUUACAUUUGGGUUUAUGGUGCUGCUUCUGUUAUGCAGUAGCGUUCAAUCCACCUGCGAUGAUACUGGUGGCUGGGCUAAGCCUGUCUUUGAGCUUUUUAACAUGCGCCUUGUUUUGCUCAAAAAAGCCUUGCCAUUGAAAGAGGAACAAGAAACUGAGAACAUAAAAGAAUUUGCCAAUACCUUGAAGGAAUUCCAAGACAAAGCUGGAAAUUUCAUGAAAGCACCACUGUCCAAUCCAGAGUUACCCAAUGAUUGCUUGUCUAUGAUUGCCAAUCUACAGUGGCCAUCUUUUUUGGACAGAACGUCUCUUGUCACCAGCGAUAUUCUUGUCUCUAAUGAGAACGGUAGGGGCCAAAAAAUUGAUGAACGAAUACGAGAUAACAUUAAAAAUCAUCUAAAUUCAGCUGACAAAACCUCAGUUUAUUCUUUGCCGCGUAAAGAKAUUUGCCAAGGYGUUAAUGCACGUAAAAUCACAAAAGAAAUAUCGAUAACAGAUGUGUGCCCUAAUGUCGAUUCUUGUGCAACGGAAGGAAAACCAUACGGUCAACAAUUUCUUGGCACAGAUCUUACAGACGCCUGUACGCCUGAUGAAAAAUGCGAUUUGUCCAAGGCUAUGCGCAUGAUGUUAGGACUAUUUUGGUAUGAAAUCAAUGAAUGGAUUGUUGACAGAAUAUGUCCUGAAAGUUGCGAAGGUGGGAACUGCACAUUCGAAGAGACGUACAAUAAAGUCAAUCAUGAUGCCAAUCUCCUCAUGGCAUUUGUCAGCAUUACUCCAAGUUAUUUCACAUCAACAUGGAAGACUUUUCUUGAAGAUGCAGUUGCAACCAAAGCAUAUUUCAACUUAGACCAUUCUCUAGCCAUGGUACAAGAAAACGAAAACGUCUUCAAAGUAAUGCAAACGGCGUGUAGCGAUCUUCUAUUCACAGAGUCUUGCCCUUAUUCUGAUAUUUACAAGGAAUAUGUUAUGAUCAAGAAGAUUCAGCGAUACACUAAAGACAAGAGAAGCCUCGCUUUGGUAAGAGAUUUUCGAAACCUGCCAAACAUUAACUUUAAAGCGAGACUGGAGCAAGAACAAAGUACAUAUCAACAUAUAGAACUAUUGGGUACAAUAAAGGCUCUUGAUGAAAACUUAGAAGCGUCUGUCUCUGGAAUAUCCCAGUAUUUUCAAGGUCUUGCAAACUUUGACGAAGGAAUUGCUGAUGCUGACGUAGCCUUCAUUCAGGGCGAGUUGGAUAAAUAUAACACCAGUCUCAUUGAUACGCAGUCUCAAUUAAAAGAGGACGUCGAAGAAAUUAUGGCAAAGAUGAUUGUUGUAACUGCAGCGAAUCUUGGUGAAGCCACCGCUUUUCUUGCAAUAAAACUUGCCGAAAAUUCCAAUCCUCUUAAACUCAUUUUCAGUGGGCCUGAUUUGGCUGAAGUUGUAGAAGCAACAGGCAAAGUUGCAGAUGCCGCUACCGAUGUUGCUAAAGCAUCUGCACUUUAUAUAGCUUUGGAUGGACUUMCAGAGGAUUCUUUGAAAAUCUCUGAGGCUUUUCUAGGAAAUAGGGAUCAAAUUACAGGACUUAAAGAAGUUGUUGAGAAAAUAAGGCAAAAUAAAACAGAUGACAUUGGUAAAGACGCCGACAAAUUUCUGGAAGCUUAUGCUGCCUAUACUCCUCAGACAGAUCGAUCCAAACUGGAGAAAAAUAAUGCCUUGUGGUCGGCAUUCAAGGAUGCUACGUGCGAUAUCUUGAGUGGCGAMGUAGGCAUUGCUGGUGCGACUGCCAAAGGGAUUGUCGGAGGAAAACUAUUGUGUGAGAAACUCGAAGGAACUUUGGCUCAGUUUUUCACACUUCGAGAAGACAUAUURGAUUUCCAAUUCCAGUUGGUCGACGCCGUCGCAGCGGUCGUUCGCGGUAAUAUAGCAAAGAGGUUUGGAGGCAAUAUCAAAGGCAAAGGAGAUGUUCUGCACGCUAGUCAGCUAUUUAUAGGAUCUUUCAAGAUGCACUAUAAGUUUCAAUCCACCGCAUCCAUGUUUUGCGACAUCUUGGAAUAUCAGCACAAUGGUGAGCCAGCUAGGAUGCCGUGUUCGACAGUCGAUGGACUGUACAGUAAAGAAAACCUGGACGUCUUGAUUGACCACUCAUUUACCGCAUCUACCAAUGUGAUUGAAAGGCAAGUGUACAUUCCAACUCAAGCUAGUUUUGAAGGAGACACGGGCUACAUCGACUUGGCUGCUCUUGCAAGGGGGGAAAAUGUUGUCUUCAAGCCUCCGAUGAAUAAGGAUUGGCUACUGAACCACAGAUGGAUCACAUCAAGAAAAACUACAGAUAUGCCCUUCGUAAGCGAAUUCAAACUAUUUUUACCACAUAAAGAAUACAAGACUGGGGCAGACAGAGAGCUCACUACAACUACCAUCACACUGAAAUCAAUCGCAUCUAGUCAUGUCUCUAUGGAACCAAGUAAAAAGAACAUCGCUUAUCUUCUUCCGCGACGACAUGCCACAUUUGAAACAGUCUACGAAGAGGGAUACACCAGCUGCAGUGGUGAGGAAAUUGACAAUCCUUACAGUCUCUGUGACAACCUUCCUAAGAUAUGCGAUGCAUCAAAUACCAUUCAGGGCUCACUAAGUCUUUAUCCAACUAUACUGUCAACCUGGAGUCUCAGCUAUGAAACUAUACAGGGUGCAAGGGAAAUGAAAUGGGAUGCUCCAAAACCUGCAACCAAUCUUUUGAUUAAAGCAGAAGUAAAGCUGAUGGUGAAACAAAAGCGAAAACAACGAAACCGCAUCUCAGGCUUGAUCUCAAGGUCCGAAGUAACAGUUUCAGAGAAUGGUUGCUGUGACGGGAACAACGUACGAAUAAGUCCGUUUAACAACAAGUGUGAGCCAUGUCCCGAGAAAUCAACCUCACAUCUUCGUGGCUACUACUGUGAGCUAGACGAAGAAACAGAGACAAGUGGUAGUGGAAGUGCCAACGAAGAAGCAACAGAGGGAGAUGGCAAUAUCUAGCUCAUGAAAUCAAGAUGAACUGACCGAACAAAAGAAAUGUAGCGUGAUAUUUGAUGAACCAUGGAUGAGUUGCACGGGAAUCAAACAUAAAUCAUUGAACGAUUAACAUAAACAAUCAAAAUAAAAUAUAGUUAAAUGCACAUYUAAGAACAUCGCUGUUGUCAUUACUCUAGUGUAGAGAGAUCUUAUUCAUGCAGCCCAACCUCGAAAGRAUGUAAUAUUAAGAGUGAAGUUAUUAACCGAGCGCGAGGUCUGUAUAUACGGGAAAAUAUCAGACCGAGGUCUGAUAUUUAAUUCCCGUGCAGAUCGAGCAAGCGAGGUUAAUAACUCGUUCAUUAUAUGGCUUUUUACAUCAUAGAUUAUGAAGAAGAAUUACUCAAAGUAUAUAGGAAAAGUCUCACUGGUCAACUUCCAACCCGUUGCCUCCCUCUAUCUGAUAGCACCGCAAAUGUAUCUCAUGAUAUGAGUAAAAUGACACACAGAUA